CUGAGGGAGGAAGAGAGCUGCUGAAGGUUCAUUGUUACUUUUCUUGCCACACAUAAACUUUACAAAAAGGAUUUUAUCUUUCUUUUUUGUUUUGUUUUUUACUCUCAUACUUUGUGGAUUUUGUCAACCUCGGACUACACUGAAAAAUCCUCAUAUCUUUUGGGAACUUUUGUGAGAUGACCUAAACUUAUUUCCUGGACAUCAGCCAGUAAUUUUGAAUCACUGCUUAAAUUCUUUUCCUUGGACAUGGGGUUUGGAAAUAAGGAGCUGUUUAUUCUUGGCUUAAUAUCGAUGCUGGGGAAAUGUCUCUCUGACUGUCCUGUUGGCUUCCGCAAAGAAAAAAAGACAUGUGUUGAUGAUGAUGAGUGCCAAAAUUCCCUGGAAUUGUGUGGCAAAAACGCAGACUGCUUCAACACCAAUGGCAGCUUCUACUGUCAGUGCAAGCGUGGGUUCAUAAACAUUAACAAGAAGGUUGAGUUCAAUGCCACAGAUGGUGGACAGUGCCUAGAUGACAACGAGUGUAUCAAUCAAACUAAUAUCUGCGGUCCGGUGGCUAGUUGUGAGAACCUGAUUGGGAGCUUCAAGUGCACCUGUCAUUCUGGGUACACCAAGAGCAGCAAUGAAACUCAAAAGUGCGCAGACAUAGAUGAAUGCAAGGAGGCUAAAAUGAACGGAGAGGACAUCUGUGGAAAGGAAGGCAUGUGCAUGAACACUCCUGGGAGUUACUGGUGCAGGUGUCCAGAAGGAUACACCAAUUAUGACAACAAAGCAACACCGUGCUCAGAGCUGAAAUGUGACACCUUCAAUGCUGUUAGCGGGCCUGCACAGUCACUCGGAGGCUUGGCAAACAUUUUGUCCAUGAUGCGAAACAGCUGUCUGGCUCUGUCAAAUCCAAGUGCCGCUGGUGAAGGGAAGGCUCAUGGAGAGGUGCUGCUGGAGAACCUUUUCACAGCGACUGUGGCCAUCCUGUCCCCUGGUCAACUGAACAGCGGCAAACAUGUGAGCAUGUUGCUUGAUACGAUGGAAAACUCCAUUAUGCUCAUUGGUCCUCAGCUCAAAGACAACUUCACCAAGAUGGAGACCACUGAGACAGAUGCAGUGAUCGCUGUUCAAAAGGGAAAGACCCGACCCACUGGACCAAUCCAUUUGACCAAUGAGAACGCAAUACUCGAGACUGACUGGGAAACAGCAACUGGGCCGGGAACUUACCCUGGUUUUGCUCUGGCUGCAUUGUUGAGCUACAAGAACCUUAACAUCACAGUUAACGGGUCUUUUCAGGAGCUCAAAGAAUCUAAAAAAGAUGGUGUGAACCCCUCCUCCAUCAAGGUCUUCUCUAGAGUUGUGACUGUUGUGGUCUCUAACCCCUCCACUCAACAUCUGAGCCGCUUUGUUAACAUCACACUCAGACAUCUAGAGGACACUCCACUUGACACCGAGGAGCCCCGUGAGGUUGAGUACAUCUGUGCAUACUGGAAUGAGAGAGGGGUCUGGUCCACAGAUGGCUGUUAUCAACAGCGCUCCAGUGACUCACACACUGUGUGUACAUGUGAACAUCUGAGCAGCUUCGCUGUGCUCAUGGCCCUGUACCCCAUGGAGCACCCCUUUGGGCUCCGUUUGGUGAGCAAGAUAGGCCUGAUCGUCUCCGUCCUGUGUCUGAUACUGAGCAUCCUGACAUUCAAGUUCUGCCGCUCCAUACAAGGCACCCGCACCACCAUCCACCUGCACCUCUGUAUUUGCCUCCUGUUGGCUGACGUCGUCUUCCUGGCUGGCAUUUCACAAACUAAACCUGUGGCCGGCUGCAGGUUUGUUGCAGCGAUGCUCCAUUACUUCUUCUUGGGAGUGUUCACCUGGAUGCUGUUGGAAGGCGUGCAGCUGUACCGUAUGGUGGUCAUGGUGUUCAAUGCCACCAUUCGGCCUCUGUACCUAUUCGUGGCUGGUUAUGUGACGCCCCUUGUUAUCGUCAUUAUCUCCGCCAUCAGUAGACCGCAGCGAUAUGGCACUGACCAGUAUUGCUGGCUGUCUCCGGAAGAUGGCUUCAUCUGGAGCUUCUUUGGCCCCGUGUGCUUCAUCAUCAUCCUCAAUGUCUACUUCUUCAUCAUCACUGUUUGGAAGCUCGCCCAGAAGUUCACAAGCCUCAACCCAGAACUCUCCGAACUACACAAAAUUAAGUCACUUUCACAUGUGACAGUAAUAGCCCAGAUGUGUAUACUGGGUCUGAUGUGGGUUUUUGGGGCAUUCCAGUUUACCAACUCCACCACAGUAAACAUCAAGAUUGCAUAUAUCUUCACUAUUCUCAACAGCCUGCAAGGGGCGCUGGUGUUCAUCUUGCACUGCCUACUGUCUAAACAGGUGAGAGAGGAGUACGCCCACUUCCUCUCUUGUAUCUGCACUCCACAGAAGAAGAGAUACUCAGACCUGAGUACUACCAAUCCGUCCAGUAGUCAGUCACAAGCUUCUCGGAGUGGGGACCAUACCAAAGAAUCCCAGAUAUGAAGAGCUCUGUCUUUUAUUCCCCUCGCCCCCAAAGACAGAGUAUCACACCUUUGCCCUGAUCGGGCCAAGUUAGCUCUAGCGCUAUUUGAAAGGUUUGAAUCACUUCAAAUAAAAAUUCAGUCAUUACUUAUUUACCUUAAUGUCAGUUUAAACUUUGUUUACAAUUACAAUUACAAUGUUGUACAAUUUAAUGUGUGGUUUUCCUAACCUGAGGGAUUGCAACAAAAUGUACAUGUUAAGAAAAAAAGAUGUUUCUUUCCUUUUUUUCUUGUGAAAUUGUGGAGAGUUUUUAUCUGUUGAGGCCCCUAAAUUCAUAAAACUAAAACAUCACUCCCAGGUUGAACUCUUAAAGCCCGUGGACAUAUGUGAUCUGUACCAGGGGGCAGAGUAUGUCUUGGCUAUAAAGAGUCACAUGACAAAAAGGUUGGAAACUGCUGCAUUAAAGACACACCAGUAGUUACAUCUCAGGCCUUUCAGACCCCAUUGAAAUCAAUGGGACAAGUUUUUACAACUCAAAAGCCAUGAAUCUAAACCCAACAAACAGUGCAAGUGCCAUUGUCUAAGUGUAACCACACAGCUGCAUUGUGUAUCACAAAGUCUGGCAUUUAUACCUCAUUAUUUUGCUUCAGAUAUCCUUCAAAUGGUAGAUCAAGUUGUAUUGUAUAAUGACUGAAUUUUUAUGUCAGUGUGAGGUAAUACCAUAAAUGUUACUGUUACAGUGGGCAAAAAGGAGCCAACUUCUAAAAGUUUUUGUUCAGGAACUCAAUAAGUGAAAGUGAAAAUAUUUUAGUAGCUUAUCAGUUCAGCCAGAACAUAUCACAGUCAUCAUAUAAGCUGUAUUCCCUUUGGAGAGGUUAAACGCGAUAGUGAUCUGACUAUUUAUUUUCAAGUGCAGACUAUAAAGUCUACAUUAUGUAGACCACAAGAAAAUAUGAGAGAUGCUCUUGAUGUUUAAUGCAAAUAGUUUGCAAUGUAUUUUGUAUAAAGGUUUAAUGUAAAAAUAAGGGUGGGUGUGCUUUUUGUUCAUGGAAGCUUCACAGAAAAUAGUUGUUUACAUGUACUGUAUUUAACAGUAUGUUGUAAUGGCAAGAAACAACUGACUGAUGAUGCAAAUUACCCAUGAAUUGCCUCUGAUGAGCCCUCAUGUUCCUCCUGCAAAUCCCAUGUGGGCUUCAGCAACAAUUUUAUACCUGUUGUUUCUUGUUUUUAAACAAAAUAAGUGAUUUUUUAAAGCACUUGUGGCUGUUUUUAAGAAUCUAUCUUGGUUUGCAAUCAAGCUGUGCCAUUUUCACUCGUUUUAUGUGAAGUUUUUUAUUGUUGAAAGUGUAAACCAAGAACACAAAAUGGUCUAAAAUGAUGCUUGCGCAAUUCACAAAAACAGACCCACCCUUCUUGAUAAGCCAGCAGCUUCCUGCAAUCAAAUUGUGUUUAUGGAAUAAAAAUACAUUUUGUUAUCAUGUUCUUAUUAUAGCAGUUAGCCUGCGCCUCAACACAUUGCCAGUGACUGUAAGGUAUCACAUUCCUAAAAUGAGAACUUAAGCCGUUUCAGUUAGAUCUAAUGGGAGUUGUACAGAUCUGAGUUUCAUUAUUUUAUUGCACUUUUACUUUGUCAGUAUGAUAGUCCAGCACAUCUUCACUCACAUGGUACACGGAAUAAUCAAGAAGACUUGAAAACAAGUCCCACCUACAGAACCAGAACAGUUUACUUGUAAUAAACCUAUCAAUUUUUCUAUUCAAUAGAAGUUGAUCAGAUCAUGUAAAAGACAUUGAUCUGCAGAGUGUUUAUAUUUGAUUGGUGUUGUCCUGCUGGUUGUAUUUAAAUUGUUUCUCAUAUUAAGAUUGAUGCUACGUAUGUGUUGGUUUUAACAACUAAACUGUUCUUUGGUUCUUAAGCGUGACUCCACUUCUUCGUGACCAUUGUUUAUUCAUGCAUUGAAAAAUGUAUUUUUAUGUGAAGAAGCUACAUGCAAUAUGCAGCAUUUUGUGAAUGUAAGAUUCUUAUUGUUAGAAUAUACUAUAUGUGUUCUAGUUUAAAGGUAUAUGAGCCUAUUUUUCUACUUCGUUUUCUUGUAAAUCGUUUGGUACUGUUUUCUUUAAAGAUUAUGCAACACAAAUUUUAUUAAAGCUUCUACUUCA